AUGGCCCUACACAAACAAAGCUAUGUUUCGAAGCUCACUGAAUGGUUGGAGGAAGGUGUUUUUGGGCCCAAUAAUGAAGUUGAUUUCAAGGUCUGGGCACUGCGAGCAGCAUCGGAAUUGAAGAGCGGGAGGAUUGCAGCACGAGUACCACUCAUCAAGACCGCCACUUCGACCUUCCAGUCGCACCACACGAAAACAAUCAUCAUGUCCGCGACACCAAUGGCCCUCCGCUUGAGAGCGCAGUGGCUCGCAACACGACAGCCGCUCUCCUCCAGAUGUCUGCUGCUGAACAGACCAUCCUCUCGCACGCCACCACUCGCUCAACCUCUGCACAUCCGAUAUCAGCACACCCCCGCCGCAGCGACGCGAGGAUUUUAUUCCAACUCCAAUGCCGACCCCGACGUCAACGCAUUCGCCGUCCCAGUCCACGAUGCCUCCAUUUUCGCUCCCCUCGAUACAUUCCCCCGCCGCCACAUUGGCCCAACCGCCCAGAGUGCAGAGGACAUGCUCCGCGCUCUCCAUCCUCCAGUGAAGAACUUGGAUGACUUCGUGAGUCAGGUGCUUCCUCCCUCAAUCCUCUCGCAGCGGAGCUUGAACAUCGAAGGCCCAGUCCCAGAAUCGGGAUCUGUGCCCACCACCGAAGGCGGCUACUCAGAAAGCCAGUUGCUGGCCAGACUUCGCCAGAUUGCCAGCGAGAACAAAGUCUACAAGAGCUAUAUCGGUUGUGGAUAUGCGGGAACACGAGUGCCUGAGGUCAUCAAGCGCAACAUCCUCGAGAACCCAGCAUGGUAUACUAGCUACACCCCAUACCAGCCAGAGAUCUCUCAAGGCCGCUUGGAGUCUCUGCUGAACUUCCAGACCAUGGUCACCGAUUUGACGGGCCUUGCCAUUGCCAAUGCCUCGCUUCUUGACGAGCCUACUGCCGCUGCAGAGGCCAUGACUUUGGCAGUCAACUCCCUGCCCAUUGCUCGAGCAAAGCGCCCCAAAAAGGUCUGGUUGGUCUCGCAUCUCUGUCACCCGCAGACCAUCGCUGUUCUGGAGAGUCGAGCUCAAGCUUUCAACAUCACAAUUGAGGUGGCCGAUAUUCUUGCAGAAAACGGCAAGCGCAUCGACGAGCUGGCCGACGACUUGAUCGGUGUUCAAGCACAAUACCCAGACACUCUUGGUGGAGUUGAAGACUUUCGAGCAAUCGCAGACAAGGUGCACAAGGUGCAGGGCACAUUCGCUGUAGGCACAGAUCUGCUUGCCCUUACCUUGCUCACGCCGCCUGGUGAGUUCGGCGCCGACGUCGCUUUUGGCAACGCUCAACGAUUUGGCGUGCCAUUUGGCUUCGGUGGCCCUCACGCAGCCUUCUUUGCCGUCAGCGAGAAGCAUAAAAGAAAGAUUCCCGGCCGUCUGAUUGGCCUUUCAAAGGAUCGCCUUGGUAACAAUGCCGCUCGCCUAGCAUUGCAGACCCGAGAGCAGCACAUUCGACGUGAAAAGGCUACGAGCAAUGUCUGCACCGCUCAAGCUCUGCUCGCCAACAUGAGCGCCAUGUAUGCCAUCUACCACGGCCCACAUGGUCUUAAGCAGAUCGCAGAGAAGAUCGCAAAGAUGGCUCAAGUUCUAGCCAAGGGCCUUGAGAGCGGUGGCUUGGAAGUCCGACAGCCAGUCGCUUUCGAUACUGUCGUUGUCAAGAAGCAUGAUGCACCUGGAUUCGCUGCAAAGUCUGCUGCUAACUUCCUAACCAACUUCCGAGUCAUCGACGAUGAGCACAUUGGCAUCACCAUCGAUGAGACUGUCGGCAAGAAGCAGAUCGAUGAGAUCUUCAGAGCUUUUACCACCGAUGUCAUCGAUGUCGAGAAACUGGCGCAGCAAGUCGAGACUAAUGAGAGCGUGCCAGAAUCGCUCAAGCGUACUUCACCUUUCCUCGAACAUCCAGUAUUCAACUCCUACCACUCCGAAACCGAGCUUCUGCGAUAUAUGCAUCAUCUCCAAUCCAAAGAUCUAUCGCUUGUCCACUCCAUGAUCCCACUUGGAUCAUGCACAAUGAAGCUCAAUGCGACCACCGAGAUGCUUCCCAUCACUUGGCCAGAAUUUGCAAACAUUCAUCCUUUCGCACCCAACGAUCAGACCCAGGGAUACCGCCAGAUGAUAAAGGAGCUCGAAGCCGACCUUGCCAACAUCACCGGUUUCCACUCAGUCUCCCUCCAGCCCAAUUCUGGAGCUCAGGGUGAGUUUACUGGUCUACGUGUGAUCAAAAAGUACUUGGAACAGCAGGCAGGGAAGAAGCGCGACAUCUGCUUGAUCCCUGUGUCCGCCCAUGGCACUAACCCGGCUUCUGCAGCCAUGUCUGGCAUGCGCGUCGUCACUAUCAAAUGUGAUAGCAGCACUGGCAAUCUGGACAUGCAAGAUCUGGAAUCAAAGUGCAAGAAGUACAAGGACGAACUAGGCGCGAUCAUGAUCACUUACCCGUCCACUUUCGGUGUGUUUGAACCGGCCGUCAAGGAUGCUUGUGAUAUUGUGCACAAAUAUGGUGGCCAGGUCUAUAUGGACGGUGCCAACAUGAAUGCUCAGAUCGGUCUCUGCUCGCCGGGUGAGAUUGGCGCAGAUGUCUGCCAUCUCAAUUUGCACAAGACCUUCUGUAUUCCCCAUGGCGGUGGUGGACCUGGUGUCGGACCUAUUGGUGUCGCAGAGCACCUUUCUCCAUUCCUACCAGGUCAUCCUCUUGUUUCUGAUGUUGGCGGUGAGAAGGGUAUUGCACCAGUCUCUGGCGCUCCUUGGGGAUCGGCUAGCAUUCUCCCCAUCAGCUGGGCAUACAUUAAGAUGAUGGGUGCCCGGGGCCUGACGCAUGCUACCAAGAUCACUCUGCUCAACGCAAACUACAUCCAGUCUCGUCUGAAGCCCUACUAUCCAAUCUUGUACACCAACGAGAACGAGCGCUGUGCACACGAAUUCAUCCUGGACGUUCGAGGCUUCAAGGAGAGUGCCGGUAUUGAAGCCAUCGAUAUCGCAAAGCGCCUUCAGGAUUAUGGUUUCCACGCACCGACAAUGUCGUGGCCUGUCGCGAACACAUUGAUGAUUGAGCCUACCGAGUCGGAGUCGAAGAAUGAGCUUGACCGCUUUUGUGACGCUCUGAUCUCCAUUCGCGAAGAGAUUGCUGAGAUCGAGAGCGGCAAGCAGCCAAGGGACAAGAAUGUGCUCAAGAUGUCGCCACACAGCCAAAAGGACCUCAUCAUUGGCGAGUGGGACCGUCCCUACACCCGCGAGCAGGCCGCCUAUCCUCUCGAGUGGCUCAAGGAAAAGAAGUUCUGGCCUAGCGUGACCAGACUCGAUGAUGCUUAUGGCGAUAUGAACCUCUUCUGCAGCUGCGCUCCUGUCGAGAGCGUGGACGAUCUUCCAGGCUCCUAGAUGCCUACAGAACGCGCUCACGGAUAUGAUCAUUUACAGGCCGCGCGGAAGGCUGCUUUACGGCUACGGAGUAGCUGCACUUCAACAUGCCAGAAUUUCAACACAAGAUUACUGCAGCGUUCGAGCGAGGCGUACGGGAAUCAACCCCUGCAUUUAACAUGACCUGCGGAGAACUACGGCAUAGGACGGCUUGGGACUUUACAGUAGAUGGGAGGGUAACGUCGUAAUGAGAAUCAUACCACGCUG